AUGGCGGCUACUAAUACGGGCGCGAAAUCGAGCUCCGCGGCGGAUUCUUACGUAGGGAGCUUGAUUAGUUUGACAUCCAAGAGCGAGAUCAGAUACGAAGGGAUCCUUUACAAUAUUAAUACAGAGGAAUCUAGUAUUGGACUGCAAAACGUCCGAUCAUUUGGAACUGAAGGAAGGAAAAAAGAUGGUCCGCAAGUUGCUCCAAGUGACAAAGUUUACGAGUACAUACUGUUCCGUGGAACUGAUAUCAAGGAUUUGCAAGUCAAAGCUUCUCCACCAGUUCAGCCUCCACCUACUAUAAAUAAUGACCCUGCUAUCAUUCAGUCUCACUACCCUGGUCCGAUGCCAACAUCGAGUAGCUUGCCUUCUACCGCGAGUGGGUCACUGCCUGACAUUAGUCCUCUCAAUGCACAACCUGGACAACAUCAGAUGGGAUUUCAAAACGGAAUGCCUUUGUAUCAACCUGGCGGGAAUCUUGCUUCGUGGGGAGCAUCACCACAACCGCCAAUGUACUGGCCAGGAUUCUACACCCCUCCACCUCCCAAUGGCCUUCCCCAAAUGCAUCAACAGUCUCUGAUUCGACCCCCUCAUGGGCUGCCAAUGCCCAGUUCUCUGCAGCCGCAGCCCCUGCAAUAUCCUAACUUUAAUGCCCCUCCACCUACUGGUUCAUCAAAUUUGCAGGGUUCAAGCUUGCCAGAACCACCCUCUUCAUUGUUUCCUUUUAGUACCAGUUCUCAGAAUCUAGCACCGGGUUCAUUGCCUUUCUCUGGCCUACCUAUGCCGCUGUCUUCCGGCCUGCAAUCAGCACCAUCUCCUUCAUUAGCUUCAGAGAUGGCACCUCCUUUGCUUUCGAACAAAGCUCCUAGUGCUUUGCCUCCUACCCUACCUCAGGAUACUGAUUUGCUUUCCUUUUCUACGAGAGCCACCGAAACAAGUGCUGGCCUUCCACUGUCUAACAAGCCUAGUGUAGUUACUGGUCCAAUUUCUGUGCCGCAGACAAUACCGUUAACAACUGCUCCUGUUACUGGAGUUUCUAGUUCCAUUAGCCAAGAUAAGCCAAAACCUUUGUUGGUUACUCCUGGCCAACUGCUGCAGUCUGGAUCUGCUGCAGUCUCUUUGUCCCCACCCUCUAAAAAUGCUGAUAAAGAUGUCGAGGUGGUUCAAGUAUCAUCAUCAGCUGGGUUGGAACAAUAUGUUCCAGUUUCAUCAGAAGCCCAACCUCCAAUACUGCCAUUGCCUUCCUCUGCAAGGCCAACCCAGAAGGUUUUAGACUCACAUAAUUUUUGCAAUUUUUAUAUCCACUCGUCAGCUCUUUAA